AUGAAAAACUGCACUAUAAAAGCUGGAUUAACGAGCAUGUAUCCAUUAUCAAUAAUAGAAGAAAAAUCGUUGAAGAAUUAUGAUAUUUUGGAAAAUCCAACAGGAUCGGAUGUAGAAUUGAUUAAAACUAUAGCUGAGACGAUAAAUGCUGGAGUCAUCUUUUAUUAUAUGGAUAGAAGUGAAUAUAUCCCUUACCGGGAUAGAGAUUACAUAAAAUUAAUUAUCAAUGGUACCUUGGAUAUUUGUGCUGGAGGACUAUACAGAAAUUUUGAAAACAUCGUUGCGUAUUCAGGAGCCUAUGAACAACAGGGAGUCGUUUGGAUUUAUACAGUUGAAAGAAUGGGUCACACCUGGAGUAAUUUAAUCAAGACAAUGCAAGGACUUCAUAUAUUUUUUCUCUUUUAUAUAUGUUAUAGCAUCGUUUGGAAUAUUUUUCUCUACUUUAAUGGCCAAGCUUUAAAUUGGAGUAGCACAUUCUUGUACAGUUGGGGAGCAUUAUUCGGAUCUUCAUCAUUACAAGAUGCAAUAAAUUUCAAACAAAGAUUCUUAAACAUUGUUUACCUGAUUAUGUGCAUAUAUUUGUCGAUUUUUGUAGGUGUGCAGUUGUAUACCUUUCUUACAAUACUAGGACCUCCGGAAAUUCUUUAUACUGUAGAAGAUGUGCACCAAUCGGGCAGAACACCUUAUUUAAACCCUAUGGGGAAAUACUUUCUCCAGGAUAAAAAAUUCGUAACAUUUGCUAAUACGUCAAAAGACUGUGAUUCUUUCGAGCUUUGUAUUGAAGAAAUGUUACAAAACAAAGGUUUGACCAUUGUUACCGAUAGUAUAUUCGUUCCCAUUCAAUUAAAAACUAUAGUGAAUGACGAAGCAAGGCUUUUAAAAAUUACUGAAGAUGUUGUAAUUGUCAACCAUGAAAUGAUUAUAAGGAAAAACAGUCCCAUGGUUGCAAUAUUUCAAAAGAAAUUGAAUAGAUUAUUUGAAGCUGGGAUAUGCAAGAAAUUGUUUUUAGAUAACAUUGGGAUAUUAGCUGUAGCAAGAACGAAGAAAGCUAUUCAUAAUAUAAUGCAUAACAGUUACAGUUGUCGAAUGGGGUGCAGUAUAACAUUUAGCAAAUGUUCAGGUAUAUUUUAUCUAUGGAUGAUUAGUUGUUUUAUAUCUUGUUGCGUUUUUGUUAUCGAAAUUUUGAUGUGA